AUGAUAUAUAAUAAUCAUUUUUAUGUGCCACUGUUGUUAAGACUCUCAAAUGAUGUGGAGGAAAAUCCUGGUCCUAGGACUAUAAGUGAUAUAAUAGAUCCCAUGUUUACAGUCCAUGCUGACAACAACCAGGGUAAUAAUUCACUGUUCGGACUGAAUGCAGGGAAACAGUGUGUUGCCAUGUCAUUAUGUGCUAUUGUGUAUAAAGAAAUAAAGUCUGUCAAUAUUUGGGAUCGAUCAAUAUUAAACCAAAUCUUAUUUUUGGGAAACAACUUAUAUGGUGUAAUUAGCAGGAGUAUAAAUAAGAAUUAUCUAUUGCUAACUGAUGUACCAGAGUUUGUUGAAAUGGAUAAUCACACUUUUCAUUUGCAGUAUAGUGAUUCAUUUUCAGGGGGAUUAUUCAUGAAUGCCAAUAAUCAUCCUUAUGUAACACUUGAGCACGCUAUAAAUGAAACAUUCCUCACUUUAAAUUACAGAAGCUGUUUGCUCACAAUUGGUAUGAACACUGUUGCCAUUAUAAUGCCAUUUCCCGGUGUGUUUAAAGUAUUCGAUUCUCACUCUCGAGAUCUUUAUGGCAUGCCAAGUAUAUUUGGUCACUGUGUCUUAAUUUCAGUGGAAGGUGUAGAAAACCUUGCUAAUUUUUUCAGGGAUACUUCAUCGGCAACAAAUCAAAAUUAUACAAUUCCAUUUGAAUUAAAGGGUGUGAAGUUAAUUUAUGAAACACCCAGGUCAGACCACGAAAAUACACAUUCAGUCGUAAUCAACAAUUACAGUCAAGAACCAACUGGUCCUUGUGCUUCGUCUGAAAGAGUAAACGAGAAAGAGAAAGUAAAUCAAAAUUUCAAUUUGGAUAGAUAUGAGAAAAGAGACAUUAAACUUCAGAAAGAUCGAGAGCGUAAGAAAAAUCUAAGAAAAAGCGAGACUCCUGAACAAAGAGAAAGGAGAUUAGCCAAAGAAUGCUAUAGUGUGAAAAAACCCCCGAAUCAUUUGAGGACAAACAAGCGAGACUUGACAAAAAGCGUGAGCAACAACAUCAUGAAUCUUCAGAGAAAAGAGAAGAAAGACAGGCCAAAAAACGAAAGAAUACCAGUGCGCGAAGGCAACUAAUAGCAAACGUUGAGUCACCUCAAGACAAGCAAGUAAGGCUUGAAAAAGAACGAGAAUUGAAAAAAGCUUCGGAACAAAUUCAAUGUUCAGAGAAAAGAGAAGAAAGACUUGCAAAAAAACGAAAGAAUACCAGUGCGCGAAGGCAACUAAUAGCAAACGUUGAGUCACCUCAAGACAAGCAAGUAAGGCUUGAAAAAGAACGAGAAUUGAAAAAAGCUUCGGAACAAAUUCAAUGUUCAGAGAAAAGAGAAGAAAGACUUGCAAAAAAACGAAAGAAUACCAGUGCGCGAAGGCAACUAAUAGCAAACGUUGAGUCACCUCAAGACAAGCAAGUAAGGCUUGAAAAAGAACGACAAUUGAAAAAAGCUUCGGAACAAAUUCAAUGUUCAGAGAAAAGAGAAGAAAGACUUGUAAAAAAACGAAAGAAUACCAGUGCGCGAAGGCAACUAAUAGCAAACGUUGAGUCACCUCAAGACAAGCAAGUAAGGCUUGAAAAAGAACGAGAAUUGAAAAAAGCUUCGGAACAAAUUCAAUGUUCAGAGAAAAGAGAAGAAAGACUUGUAAAAAAACGAAAGAAUACCAGUGCGCGAAGGCAACUAAUAGCAAACGUUGAGUCACCUCAAGACAAGCAAGUAAGGCUUGAAAAAGAACGACAAUUGAAAAAAGCUUCGGAACAAAUUCAACGUUCAGAGAAAAGAGAAGAAAGACUUGAAAAAAUCCGAAAAAAUACCAGUGCGCGAAGGCAACUAAUAAGAAACGUUGAGUCACCUCAAGACAAGCAAGUAAGGCUUCAAAAAGGACGAGAACGAAAGAAAGCUUCGGAAAAAAAUCAAUCUACAGAGGAAAGAGAAGAAAGACUAGAGAUUGCGCGAAAAAGAAAUCAUUUAAAAAGAUUAAAACUGCAGAAAAAUACGUUGGAUGAAAAACAAGCCAGACUUGGAAAACCUACAGAAAGGAUUAAAACUAUAUCUCAAAGUAGUGAAUCAAACACAAAUUCAACACUAGGGCUCCGUAUCGAUACUAAUUCUAUUUUAGAACUAGUCAGAAACUUUCAUAGCUCUGUAUCAACUGGGCCAUUAUAUGUAUGUAGUUGUUGUGAUCAAUUGUGGUAUAAACACAGUGUUUCCCCUGCAGACCGUCUAAGGUUAACUAAUCGUGAUAUAUGCAGAUACCUUCAAAAUAAAAAGAGCGUUGACAAUAUUGAGUGGCUCUGUCACACUUGUAAUAACCACUUAAAAAGAGGGAAAGUUCCUCCCUGUGCAAUUGUUAAUGGGAUGAAAUUUCCACAAAAACCCGAUUUCUUUGAUCUGAAUGAACUAGAGUGCCGUCUUAUCGCUCCUCGGUUAGCAUUUCAAAAGAUAUUCCAAGCCCCAAGGGGUGGACAACUGAAGAUUACUGGUAAUGUUGUAAAUGUUCCAGCAGAUGUUAACAGCACAGUUAAUAUGCUUCCUAGGCUGUCAGAUGACACAGGUACUAUUAAAGUUCAACUAAAGCGAAGAUUACAGUACAAAAGUUCUGCACUUUCUUUGAAUAUAAGACCUCACAAAGUUAUGCAAGCAGCUGCUUGGUUGAUCGGUUGA